AUGAACAAUACGGGUGAAUAUGAGCGGGGUCAGACUAUCUGCAGACCCUCAGGUUGGAGAGACGUAGUCCAAUUCUUUUUGCUGAAUUAUGGACUACACGCUAUUACUGUCCUUACGGAACCUGGGAGCACGCCCCUCGCCUGUGCCCUUGCAUCUUUCACAGCUAUCUUAAUGCCAUCUGUGGGCAUAGCGCGUGCCGUUGACGAGAUAAGUCGCUUUGCAAUAUGGGGAGGGACAGAUCUUCAAGUCGCGCUGCGGGCGGGUGCCCUUUGCAUGCUGGUCCCAGCAUUUCCAUCUGCUCGUCACCCGUCUGACCGUCGCCUGCCGAUGCAGAAUCCUUCAAAGACGGCUUCCCCAGACUCCGAGAAGUCAUCACCACAGACUGGAGAAACCCCUAUCUCCGAUGGUUCCUAUGAGUCUCCGUCGCCGAUUGAUAAGGACAUGAUUUUCAGUCACCAACCCCUCAGCAGUAACCCAGUGGAUUCUCAUAGAAGGCCCAAGCGAUUGAGUAAUUAUGCCGCAGCGCUCACAGCUACUUUCCUUCCGGUUUCCACUUACCUGACCCAGGUACACGGCGAAUAUCCUCCGGAUCUCAAACAACCUGACGUCGGGGCCACAACUCUGGAGGCCGGAGUACCUGAAGAUCCUUCACAUUUGGAUUACUCUUUGAUAGCAGUACCGCGCAAUUUUAAGGUUUCCCGGUUAUUAGGUCACCCUGAUGAGAGGACUCGCUAUGAUAUUAUUAAGGGCUGGUUCAAGGAGCUAGUCUUAAACAUGAUGAAACCAGGGGAGCACAAACUAUCAGCAUCGCAAAGGGAUUCUACUUCGACAUCGCUUGGAAAAUCGGGAGCGAGAGACUCUAUUACCCCCCAAGAAUUCGGAGAUGCAUCGAAAACGGCCGGCGUUGCUGAUACCAAUCUAGCCUCUAAUUUUAACUUCGUCAAAACCAUCGCCGCCAUUGUUCAAAUAAUAUAUGGUUCCUUUGAACUGUACAAGAUUGGGAAACCACGACUGAGUCAGUAUGGAUAUGCCACUUACCAACUAACUGUCAUCCCAUAUAUCCUCAUGUCGUUAGCGAACCUUGUCGCUGGCCUUACAGGUCCCCGCUACCCAUCGAGAUAUUUAGUUCACUACCGCGGCAUUGAAGCCCCUGAGAGUGAGGAGGACCCCGACAAUGCAAAUAAAACACCAAGCGAUGAGAUCGAGAUGAAUUAUCCUCGGGGGUGGUGGAGCAAGGGAGAAAGGAAGAAGGUAGAGGAACAGACAAGUGGCGUGGUCGGACUGGUCUACGGAGCCUUUCUCGACCGUGAGCACGAGGCGGAAUUAAUUGAUGAGCUCAAAAGGUUGUAUCGCGAAAAUGGAAAUCUCAAAAAGGCGGUGAACAUUGUUAGGUGGCUCACACGGUCUACCACGUUCAUCAAAACAAAGAAAAAAAACCCACUCUGGACGUAUUUGUUGUGGCUGCUUUCUCUGGGUUUUAUGGCUGCACCAUACAUAAUUUUAUAUCUUCUCACCAAAUUCAACCCAGGCCACAGUACUGUCAGUCAGCGGUCAUGGAUCAUGUGCUGGUUUGUCCUUGGCCAAGUGGGUUCAACGUUGUUAUCCUUCGUCGUUGGGCUUAAUUCGUUUCAGAGGUUUGCCGGAAAGCACCCGAUACCAGCCUUUUUGGUCACCGCCCUCGUCACUGCCCUCUUAUCAGUUUCGACGAUGGGCGGAUUUGUUGUAGUGGCUAAGAUGAUGUUGGAAGAAAAGACAUGCCGGAGGCUGUAA